AUGUCCGACGAGGCUCUAUGGGAGAAGAUCCCAGGCAAGAACGCCAUUCUUCCACACUCAUCAUACUGCCGCUUCCAGGUCUACCAUCCACUGAGGGAAGAGGACAGGGCGACGACCGAGAACAUCUUGCCGAACCACACAGACCACGGGGCCACCACUUUCCUGCCAAGCCAGCCCGUCAGCUGUCUGCAGAUUCUAGGCAAAGACCAGAAAUGGCGCUGGGUGCCGUACCGAAAGGGCGCACUUGUGUGCAACCUGGGAGACGUAAUGGAGAUCCUGUCGGGUGGAAUUCUGAAGGCAACGAGACACAGAGUGUGUAAGCCGCCUGCUGAUCAACAAGCCUAUGAACGUGUCUCGGUCUGCUCGUUCAACCACGCCGAUCAGGAAUUGGUCCUAGAACCACUGAAAGGUCUGCUUACUGGCUCUCGUUGA